GUUUGACUUUUUUAAAUAAUAUGGGUUCCUAUUGUUAAAAACAAUCUGAAAUCAACACUGAUUAUUAAGAAUCUGAGCAAAUAGAUUUUGUUGAUAUGAAAAUAGAUUAAGAAAUCCAUCCUAUUAGAGUUCAUAAAGGUUUUAGAAUGACUCCUCGAAAAUAUAAAUAAUCUAUGAAGAUUGACAAGGCUGUUUCUCUAACAUUUCUCUAAGAAGAAUUGUACAAAUACACAAACGAAAAUUGUUGCAGUAAGAAAAAUAUUUAUGCGGAGUUAGAAUAGAAAUAAGAAAACAAGCAAAAUUAAUAAAACAAAUUGAAAAGUAUAAUAAAACCUCAUUCAUCAUUUUAAAGGAUUUCAUCCCUGAAAGUCAAUUAUUAUAUAAAUUGUUCUGAAAAGUAAUUAAGAGUAGGUUAAAGAUUACAUUCUGAAAAAUAAGUUAGAUUUAACAUUCCAAAAUAAUAUAAAAAAUCUUCACAUUCUUGCUCAGUUCAAAAAUCUAGGCUUAGGAAGACUUACAUUAGAUGA